AUGUUGAACAAUGCUUACUGCAGAGCAAAUGGUAAGUCGAAUCUUAGAGCAACUUGUUCUAAGGUUCAUCUCCACUUAAACAGGGAGGGGAGGAAACAUAUACACUUCCAUGGCUUCCAUAGAUCUUUUGCAUUGCAUAAGUCUGCAGUUAGUGGGUCAGACGCUUUUGUGAAUGGAUACAAAUGGGUGUUUAUGUGUGAAAUUUGUUUAUGGAAUUCUUGUUUAGUUUGGUUUUCUAGGGAGUUUGUUUCGGAUGAUGGGGAGUACACGGGUGUUGUUGAUAGUGCCAAAGAGUUGUUGCAGGCUGUUGAUGUUGUUCAUAGACUUACAACGAAUAACAUCACGUUCCAAUGUGAAGACCCACAUCAUUCUGUUGAGGGUGCAUUGGCAAUAGGCCAUGAAGAGGAUGAGGAUCGACAAAGAUAUUGCAUGGUUUGUGGUUGGUAUGUAGAGUAUGGUAGGUUUUGUAUAUUUCUUAAAAAUAUUAAUGGUUGA